AUGAAGUGGUUACUGCUGCUUGGCCUGCUGGCACUCUCUGAGUGCAUUGUGCACAAGGUCCCCCUGGUCAGAAAGAAGUCCUUGAGGAAGAACCUGAUUGAGAAGGGCCUGCUGAAGGACUACCUGAAGACUCACACCCUCAACCGGGCCUCCAAGUACUUCCCCAAAGAUGUCUUGGCCUCUGGUUCUGAGAGCCUGGAGAACUACCUGGAUACUGAGUACUUUGGCACCAUCAGCAUUGGAACCCCCGGUCAGGACUUCACCGUCAUCUUUGACACUGGCUCCUCCAACCUCUGGGUGCCCUCUGUCUACUGCUCCAGUGCUGCCUGCAGUGUCCAUAACCAGUUCAACCCUGAUGACUCCUCCACCUUUGAGGCCACUAGCGAGACAAUCUCCAUCACCUAUGGCACUGGCAGCAUGAGCGGCAUCCUGGGAUACGACACUGUGAAUGUUGGAGGCAUUGAAGACACCAACCAGAUCUUUGGCCUGAGCGAGUCUGAGCCCGGCUCCUUCCUCUACUAUGCUCCCUUUGAUGGCAUCCUGGGUCUGGCCUACCCCAGCAUUUCUGCCUCUGAUGCCACACCUGUCUUUGACAACAUGUGGAAUGAGGGCCUCGUGUCCCAGGAUCUCUUCUCCGUCUACCUGAGCUCUGAUGAUGACAGUGGCAGCGUGGUCAUGUUUGGUGGCAUCGAUUCUUCUUACUACACUGGAAGUCUGAACUGGGUGCCUGUCUCUUAUGAGGGCUACUGGCAGAUCACCGUGGACAGCAUCACCAUGGAUGGGGAGACCAUCGCUUGUGCUGAUGGCUGCCAGGCCAUCGUGGACACUGGCACCUCUCUGCUGACCGGCCCCACCAGUGCCAUUUCCAACAUCCAGAGCUACAUUGGCGCUUCUGAGAACUCUGAUGGCGAGAUGGUUGUCAGCUGCUCCUCCAUGUACUCCCUGCCCAACAUUGUCUACACCAUCAAUGGAGUCCAGUACCCUGUGCCCGCCAGUGCCUACAUUCUGGAGGAGGAUGGUGUCUGUGUUAGUGGCUUUGAGGGCAUGGAUGUCGACACUUACACUGGCGAGCUCUGGAUCCUGGGUGAUGUCUUCAUCCGCCAGUACUUCACCGUCUUUGACCGUGCCAACAAUCAGGUUGGCUUUGCUGCUGUGGCUUAAGUCUACAACUUUGAAACCUCUCUGAGAGGUAUCUGGCCUCCUUUCUGCAUCCCCUUAGAAGGAUUGGAUUCUCCUGAUUGUUCUUCCAGAAAGACAAUCACCUUGCAAUGCAAGUAGA